AUGAAAAGAAAGAUCGACAUGAAUCCGGAAUUGUAUGCAUCACGAUUGGAUUACACUUAUGGAGAGCCAACUGAAACUGAUAUGUCGAGUACAUGCAGUUCAAAUGAUACAUUACAUCAGAAAAAUGCAACAUUUCCUUUCAAACCAACACCAAGUGGAAAUUUAAAAGUGCAAUCUAAUCAAGUAGUAUUUCAGUCGUCAACCGUUGGAGUCCUUCUGGCUGAUCCAACACAAGCAAAGGUGAAAGUGAAAAUUGAAGGAAAUGGCGAAGACUUAAAUAAUGAGUAUAACAAAAUUAUAAAUGCCAAUUACAAGAAUCACCCAGAACCACAUCUGCAAUAUGGCCACAAAACGAGUCCUACUGUGUGUCAUGUUAAAACGGUAAUGGACAGGAAUAUAAAGGAAAAAUCUAAAAUACAAGAAGGAUGUAAUCUAUCCAGUCUUGGAUAUGGACAGACCGAACCGGUAGAUUGGACUUGUGUGCAAUUGCCGAAGAAACAGGAUUUGUUUCAGGAGUUCUAUAGAAGGAUUUUGAAUAAUAUAAACACCGAUUGUAUCGUCCAUAUCGGCAAUGAAGAGUUCCAUUGUCAUCGCAUUGUACUUGAAAUUUAUUCGUCAUUAUUUAGCAAGAAUCAUCAACGGGAAAUUGAAUUACCUAUUAGUAAUCUAAAGCCAACAGCUUUCCAAAUAAUUUACGAGUGGAUGACUGUAAGUGGCUUAGAGAGCAAUAAGCUGUUGAAAAGGGAAAAUGUUCUUGAUUUAUUUUCCGGAAGUCAAUAUCUUGGAAUUAAAGAUUUAGAAGAUCAAUGCUGGGCUUUUAUUGCCAAUGAUAAUAUUUUUAAUGAAGAUUCAGCGUUUGUUUUAUACAGAGGAGCGAGAGUACAGCAUUUGACUCCCGUAAUGGAACUUAUGGUACCUCGAGUAAAGAGAUUCUUUCUGCCUCUAGUAGCUUCUAGCGAUUUUCUUGAUCUGGAACCAGAAGAACUUAUGACGUUUUUGAAGUCCAACUAUAUUUGUGUUGCAAGUGAAAUAGAGGUUUUGAUGGCUGGUGUGAGGUGGUUGUACGGAGACUGGACCUCUCGAAAGCGGUUCGCAACAGACGUCAUGAGAUGUGUCCGCUUCGGUCUGAUAUCUCCAUGGCAACUUGUGGAUAUUAAACGAAACCCUGACAAUGCAGAGAUACUGGAAAUUGUUAACGAACCAGAUGUUCAGCAAUUGGUUGAUGAUGGUUUAGCUUACGUGAUUAUAAAAUAUUGGUAUGGAAACAAUUCAAAGAAUUAUUACCAUUGGAUCGAUGUUCUUGGCUUAUCCGAACCAGUUGAGAGGAAUUGGAUAGGGGAGGAAAAGAAUCAUGUGACAUACAAAGAGUUUUUGAAAUAUCUAGAGCAGUUUAUGGUGCCAAAGGAACAGAUGUACAAGCAGAUGUCCAUGAUGCAACCACCUCGGAGAAAUGAUGACGCACCGGGCAGUUUUCGAGGAAAAGAUCAAGACAAAAUGGAAAUGCGCAGACCCAAAAUAGAUUUCCCCACUCCGGCUGUGUUGAUGGGGCUCACUGAUACUGAGAAAUUUCCAACGAUGAGCGAAUUCUUUGGAAACCAAGCGAAGAUACAGAAAAGUCCUACACAGUCCUUUGAUAGAACACCAAUUGAUGUAACAAGAUCUCAUGAAACAAGAAACAGCCCAGAAAUGGAAAGGAAACCGACGCAAUCCAUGAAUGCCCAGCCCAAAAUUCAAGAACACUUGUUGUACCGUAAGCCAACGAAAAGGGACCAUCAAGUUAACCUCUACAAUUUUGAACCACAAAAUAUAGCCAACAACGUGCAUGAACCACCAGAGAAAGACUCGACCGAGGAAUUGGUGUCUUCGACCAGCGAGACAAGUGAGACACCAGGAACAAGCGCAACAGUUACUGAUACAAGACGGGCCAGUCAGAAGCGGCAUAGCGUCGCAGCAUGCUAUUUAGCUGCUGCCACUGCGGCUCUAUCCGGAAACAGGAGAGACUCGCAGUCAGUAGAUCAACGGCCACAGACAAACAAUGUGUCCCGACCUAAUGCCGUAAACCGACUCAAUUCAGUUCAGAUCAUCUCCAGCCCACAGGCGUCACUUUUUAAUCAAUCAAAGGAAUCUCUCGCUAAAGCUAAUAUGAACAAGCUAUCCACAUCCAUCUUGGGCCCGUCGAACAAGAACUAUAUAGUAGAUGGUUCACUAUUCAACUGGGACCGUGAGACAGUUCUGGUAUUUGGUGGAAUUGACCCCCAUACACCAUAUGGCGUCGCCGGAAACACUGGAAAAGAUAUAUAUAGGUUUGAUCCCGUAACAAACGUUUGGGAAAGUGUGGGGGAACUUCCUGAACCCAGACAUCAUCAUUCUGUGGCCUUUCUUCGAGGGAGAGUAUUCCUAGUCGGUGGUGCAGAUCCUCGUGAAGAUGACUUACGAGGGAAGUCAGUUGUGGUGUCAACUGUAUGGAGCUAUGAGCCGGUGACUCGGUCAUGGUUCAGCGAAUCUGGUCUUGCGAUACCGAGGAAGAAUUUUGGGCUGGUUGUUCAUAAAAUGGCGCUAUACGCUAUUGGUGGGCAGGAUAAAAAGGGCAGAGUAUUAAGAUCAGUGGAAAAGUUCGAUCCAAAGACAGGAUCGUGGAGUGAAGUACGGUCAAUGGGCGUGGCCAGGAUGGCCGUUGCAACUGUCAAGUACAGGGAUUAUAUUUGGGUAGCAGGUGGCAUGACUGGAGAGAAGAAACGACCUGUCUGCAAGAUCGUCGAAUGCUAUAACUAUAAAACUAAUGAGUGGACAGAAAUUCAUAGUUUGCGCUUUCCGAGAUGUUUCGCAACUUUAUUUUCUAUGAACGAUAAGCUGUACAUUAUCGGUGGAGCUGGAAAAAUAUCUGAUAAGGACAAAACACCAAGUAGUGUAGGUGCAAUAGAUGUAUGGGACUGGAAAGAGAGGCAGUGGAAACAAGAGACGGAGAUGUCAAUACCAAGACAUGGCCACGCCCUCGCCUACCUCGGCACGCAGCUGAUUAUAAUCGGGGGUGUAACAACAAUAUACAUGCGAGCGCUCAGCAAUGUCGAGUCGUUUUGCUGUGAACGCGGAGCCUGGAUACGCGGUGUUGCAACCCUUCCCACACCAUUGUCAGGUCAUGGAGCCGUCACUCUGCCACCAGCAUCACUUAUGUGA